AAGAACGCCAAUACUAAUAUCAAUGGCUUUAUCCUCUCCUUUUGUUCUUCCAGUUCUCAACGCCACUCGUCUCGAAAAUUCGCCCCCGAAGGUUCUCCAUUUCCAUUCAGCACCUUCUUCUGCGACGUCUCGCCUCUAUGAGAACGAAACCAGCCAUUAUCAUCGUUCCUUCUCAAGGGCUUCUUCUUCUUCGGCAUCGCAGAAAUGGAGGACAAGAGUCUCCUUCUUUCCCGCUUUCUUGAAAAAGGGAAAAGACGCUGAGGCUCUUAAGGAUGAGCUUCUCGAGGCCAUUGCACCGCUAGAUCGAGGGGCUGACGCUACCCCUGAAGACCAGCAAAGAGUUGAUCAGAUUGCACGCAAACUUGAAGCAGUGAAUCCAACAAGGCAGCCACUAAAAUCUAGCCUACUUGAUGGAAAAUGGGAGCUGAUAUACACUACCUCAAGGUCAAUUUUACAAACCCAGAGGCCAAAGAUUUUGAGAUCAAGGACAAAUUUUCAAGCAAUCAAUGCAGAUACUCUGAGGGCUCAAAAUAUGGAGUCUGGGCCAUUCUUCAACCAGGUUACAGCAGAUUUAACACCUCUGAAUACAAGAAAAGUGGCUGUCAAAUUCGAUACUUUCAAAAUUGCAGGCUUUAUACCUGUUAAGGCACCUGAAAGUGCCCGUGGGGAGUUGGAAAUAACAUAUUUAGAUGAAGAGCUGCGGAUAUCAAGAGGAGACAAAGGAAACUUGUUCGUCCUGAAAAUGGUUGAUCGAUCAUACCGAGUUCCCGUAUGAUGCAUCAUCAGUGCUUGUGGCUCACUUGCUCCUUUCCUUUCCUUGGCCUCAAAACUGAAUCUUUGCUUCCUAAGGGGAAGAUUUAUGUUCAAAAUUUAUACUCCUCCGGGUUUAGUGCAAGUAUGACAUUCUGGGAUUGCUUUUUUCCGUUCAAAAUAUUAUAAAUUAAUCAACUGAAAGUGGGCAGAAAUCAUUUGUAUUUCUGCUGGUGUUUUCUUCUCUGGGAAUGGGAAGUUUGGCUUCAGAGGAAUGUAUUUUGUUUGGCUCAAAGCAAAUUGUUAUACUGACAUGAGUUUUGUAUAUGUUAAAAUAAUUAAUAAAAAAGGGAGUCAACUGUGAUGUUAUCAUA